GCUGUAUUGUAUAUAUACGCACAAACAGACAUACAUAAUUCAAUUGCAAUCUCUAUCUAUCUAUCUAUCUAUCUAUCUAUCUAAUAAUUGUAAUUAUCUAUAUAUCUAUUCAUUUUCCAACAUAUAUGGCUUUCAGAGUAGCGCAGCGCCAUUUCUGGAGAUCCUCCGUGCCGGUGAAAGCAACCGAAGGCCGUUCCUUUGCGUCUUCGGCGGGUAAUUCCGUCCACUCCGAGCAGCCCAAGAGGGGUUGGAGGUUGAAGGCGGACUUGGCGCCGAUAUAUAUGGUGGCAGGGAUGGUGGCGGUGGCUGUCUCAAUAGCGGCGCACACGGCGAAGCAGCAGCUGUUCCACGCGCCGGCGGUGCAGGUGAGCAAGAAGAGGAGAGAGUCGGUGCAGGAGGUGGAGGACCCGCAUGACGUGGUCCGAGACUCCGACAAGUUCAUCAACAAGUCCUUCCUCCGCAAGGUGGCCCACAUCCAGGACCAGGACCCGAUUGGCCCCAACCCUUUUACCCGGUCCCGGGAGAUUGAGUCGCUGAAAUCCGCCGGAGUGCACAAAAAUUGAGGAUUUAGUAGUAAGCCUGACUCUAAUUAAUUAAUUAAUAUUGGAUACAUAAAUGGGUGUCGCUCUUUAUGUAAAUAUAUCAUAUGAUGAUUAAUAAUCAUGUUUUGUUGCUUAAUUGAUGAUGAAUUAAUGAGUUUUGAUACCAACUAA